AACAAUGUAAGGAGUAUGAUCACGUGAUUCAAAAUGUCCAUUCUUAUGGGCCCGUUUGAAAAGGGAGGCUCGUCUCGUUCAAAGAAGAAAGAAGAAGGAGAUAGCCUGGAGGACCUGAUGGUAUUUGGCUAUCAGUGUAAGCUGUAUAGAGAUGACGUUAAAGCAGAGCUGGAGAAUAGCGGGUCCAUGCUAAUACCCUGGAUGGGAGAUUCGUCUCUAAUGGUGGACAGAUAUGAUAUUAGGAAUCACUUUGACGAUAAGUCUCAGUUUGGUAUUAAACCAAGUCUUCCUCAUCGACUGAGUGAGACAGAAGAGUCUCUAGAGGCACAGUUAGACGAGGAGAGGUAUCUAGCACUAGGGACUGAUGUACUAGAAGAAGACCUAGAAAGAGAAGCUGUGGACAGUCAUGCAGUGAAGUCCUCAUAUUCUGCCGUUGGUUAUUCUUAUAACAAUAAUGAGAGGGAGGGCGGGACCUCUUCACUAGUUCCAGCUGGUCCUGAGCUCAUUGAACACCCUCCGACUCUCACUGUUGAUGUUGUGGAGGAUGAGCGGGACAUGUACUACGAUCCACCUGGUCUUGAAAUACCUUUUUAUAUAGAGAGGCCUUAUUCAAAGAAGUUCCAGUCCAUUAUUGAACACACUGCUAAAUUCGUGAGCACUCAAGGACAGCAAAUGGAGAUUAUAAUAAAAACAAAACAAAAGUACAAUCCUCGGUUCUCCUUCCUUCAUCAUGACGACAGACUGUUCCCGUAUUAUAAGCAGCUGCUACACGCAAUCAGUAGUGGCUCCUACACUCCUCCUCCUUCACAAAACAAUAAUAAUAAUCAGACGAAAGAAAAUGGAGACACACCACCUGCUGAAGGAGAAAAGGUGAAAGAGGAGGAAGAGGAUAAAGGAGAGAAGGAGGGAGAGAGAAAGAAGAGGUCUAAACGCAAGUGGGACUCCAUUGUCCCUGCUUACUCUGAUGAUGAUGGUAAUGAUGAUACUGUUGAACAAGAAGGCACUGAACUUCAUCCAUUGUUGAGGCCUGUCUUGGUAUUGUCGGCAACAAAAGCCACACCCAAAACCACACCUACCACCACUCCCAAUACAUCGGUGAUAUCACUUUCUAAAAUAAGCAUAAAUUCUGCUCCGACUGUAACCAUGGAAACGACCGCAACUGUGGAAACGACAGAAACAAAAGAGAAAGGAGAGGCUACAAGGAGCAUCCAAACUGACAAUGAGACUAACACGACAAAUGCUAAUCCUCCUGCUACAUAUUCUGGUUAUGACCUGAUGACUGCCUACCUUGAAGCAUCUAAACUGUACACAGUUGGUCCUCCCCCUCCCCCUCCAGAUCUCCAGCCAAUAGUGGACAGGACUGCAGAAUAUGUCGCUAAGAAUGGAAGAGACUUUCAAAGGACCGUGAUCCUAAAACACGUCGACGAUCGAAGAUUCGACUUCUUACACCCGUGGAACCAGUUUAACUUGUAUUACAAGAAUAAAGUUGAGACUAGAACUGAAGAGAUUGAGAGAUCCAAACCGGCUAACAUACAGUCUUUGAAUUCUCAAGGAAGCGUUAGUUUUAAGGUUGCCAGUAAGCCAGUCUCAACACUGCAGCUUCCUAUUGGUGGAGUGGUCGACCUUCAUUAUGAUGAUAAAGAUGAUGAUGGUAUCAGUAGAGAGGAGGAGAGAAGGAGUGUCAAAAAACAGAAGCUAGACAUGUCCGGUCAAGUUGACAAUGAGUUUAAGAAAUUUUUAACAACAGUUAAAGCCAUGCUGAGAUGAUGAUAAUAAUAAUGAUAAUAAUUUAUCUUUUGUACUGUGUAAUAUCACUGUUCAAUUUUAUUAAUAUCAUAAUGAUGAUACAAUUACCACAUGAUGUUUUUAAAUGGUGUGAAUUUCAA